AUGACGCGAUUGUUAUCCCAUGGCAUUCUAAGAACUAGCAUGAUAUUUAGAACAUUGAAAGGGGGUUUAAAGAUACCAAAAUAUCAAAAUACAUACCGAUUAGAAUCUUUCGUUCCAUUAAAAAUAGAAGUGGUCGAUAAAAUAUUGAAGGACGUAAUGUCUUCCUCCUUGCAAGAUAUGAGAUAUAAUCCUAUCGUAUGUCUUCAGAUUUGUAAAGAUAUGUCAGCGAAAGUGCGCGAUAAAAUAUUUAAAAAAUCCUACGACCGUUAUAAAUAUUCAGUGGUCAUGACGAUAAUACAAAAACUCGGACAACAUGUGGAAAUCAAUAUGGCGUGUUUAUGGGAUUUAGAAAGAGACAAUUAUUCUACGUACGUUUUAGAAACUACCGAAUUUAUUGCUCUCGGUUUGGUAAUUGCCACUUAUUACGAAUAA